ACAAAUUAUUUUUAUUUUAUUUUCAGAGUUCUAGACUGCUAACAUGCCAAACAUUAUAAAUGACAUAAAGUUAGAUUUUAAAGAUGUUCUUUUCCUUCCAAAACGAGGAAAAGCUGAGAGUAGGUCGGAUGUUGACCUGAACCGUGAGCUGACCUUUAAGAACUCUGGUCAGACCUACUCCGGUAUUCCUAUUAUUGCCUCGAAUAUGGAUACUGUUGGAACCUUUGAGAUGGCUAAAGCCCUAGCUAAGCAUGGAUGCUUCACCUGUAUCCACAAGUUCUACAAUGUGGAGGAGUGGGUCAAGUUUGCCAAGGAGAACCCCGAGGUGUUGAAGUAUGUUGCUGCCAGCAGCGGGUCUGGGGAGAAGGAUUUCUUGAAGCUUAAGGAGAUCGUGGCUGCUGUACCGAAGCUCGGAUUUAUCUGCUUGGAUGUUGCAAAUGGAUAUUCAGAAUUCUUUGUCAUGUUUGUUAGAAAGGUUCGGAAAGAGUUCCCAACCAUGACGAUUAUGGCAGGGAAUGUUGUUACUGGAGAGAUGGUUCAAGAACUAAUCCUUUCUGGAGCAGAUAUUAUCAAGGUUGGUAUUGGUCCAGGAAGUGUAUGCACCACGAGAAAGAAGACUGGUGUUGGAUAUCCCCAGCUCUCAGCUGUUAUGGAAUGCGCGGAUGCCGCACAUGGUCUUAACGGACACAUCAUCAGUGAUGGAGGUUGCACAUGCCCUGGUGACGUGGCAAAGGCGUUUGGUGCUGGCGCCGAUUUUGUUAUGCUUGGCGGUAUGUUGGCCGGUCACGAUCAGAGCGGCGGAGAGAUCAUUGAGAAGAACGGAAAGAAGGUGAAAGAGUUUUAUGGCAUGUCGUCAACUACUGCGAUGCACAAGUAUUCUGGUGGAGUUGCCGAAUACAGGGCUAGCGAGGGUAAAACGGUUGAGGUUCCAUAUCGUGGUGAUGUAAACGCUACAAUGCUAGAUGUACUUGGAGGAGUUAGGUCAACCUGUACCUAUAUAGGAGCUGUCAAACUCAAGCAACUGACGAGGAAGACGACAUUUAUCCGCGUGACGCAGCAGACUAACGAGGUUUAUCAAGGGUCCACCUCGCAGCCUUGAAGAGUGUGAAAACCGGAUCUACAACACUUGUACUGCACAGCACGUAGAUCAACAAACAACUUUUCUUUUUCGGAUACAACAUCCUCGAUUUCGGAAACAUUCAGAGUAUUGUUCUUCUGGAAAAUUAAUUUUAAAUAUUUAUGUAAAAUACUGCAAUUUUUGAGUCUAAAAUGUAUCAUAUUUGUUUUAA